AUGAAGAGAAUAAGUCAGCCAUCGGUUUUAAAAUUUUUUGAGAAGAAAAAAAAAUCUGAAAAUGUUGCCAAAGGAACCCUUUGCAAAGUGUGCGUUUUAUUUGGUCGUAAUCAUGGUGGUCGUGGGGGACAAGAACAACGGUCUUUAGUGGUCAUCCCAUUUAUAAAUUGGAAAAAAACUAAACAAGUAUUUGACAGUCAUAGUAAGGCAGACUAUCAUAUGUUAUCAGUUGAAAAAGCUCAAGGGUUUAUGACAGUUAUGGCAGGGAAAACUACUGAUAUUUUAACAUCUAUAAGUUCAGAAAAUAGAAAACAAGCCGAAGAAAAUAGGAAAAAAAUGAUCUCUAUUGUUGAAACCGUAAUCUUAUGUGGUCGUCAACAAAUAGCUCUAAGGGGUAAAAAUGAAACUGGCAAAGUAGGUUUAACAGAACCCCCCUAUAAUGAUGGCAACUUUCGUGCACUUUUGCGAUUUCGUGCAAGAUCGGGUGAUCUUUUCCUAAAGGAACAUAUUUUAUCCCAAACAUCCGACAGUCGAUCAAUGUUCACGUCACCAACAAUACAAAACGAAAUUAUUAAUCUAUGUGGCAAUUUUAUUCAAGAAAAUUUUGUCAAUAGAAUAAAAAAUGCUGGAUUUUUACAACUCUUGCUGAUGAAACGCAAGAUAUAUCAAGGUACGAGCAAUUAG